AUGUCUGAUUGGGAUCAAGUCACCAAGAUCGGCAGCAAGGUCCGUGGACCGGGCCAGUCUGAGCGCGAGACCGUCAUCCGUGGCAAAGCCGCCCUCAACGCCGCCCAGCGCAGCGGAGGCAUUGUCGGCACCGAGAAGAAGUACGGCACUGCCAACACUGCCGGCACUGGCGAGGGUCAGCGUCUCACAAAGGUCGACCGCUCCGACGACAUCAUCAAGCCCAACACCGUUGGCAAGGUGGUCGGUGACGCCAUCUCGCAGGCACGACAGAAGAUGGAGCCCAAGAUGACCCAGAAGGAUCUUGCAACAAAGUGCAACACCACUCAGACAGUCGUCGCCGACUUUGAGCGGGGGUCGGCCACGCCCGACCAGAAGGUGCUGGCGUCCAUGGAGCGCGUGCUCAACGUCAAGCUGCGGGGCGCCGACAUUGGUCAGCCCAAGUUCCCCAACAAGGCGAAGAAAUAA